AAGUCACCUGAAUCUUGGAAUUAGCAUAUUGGGUUAGCUGCUAUAUCUUGGCUAAUUAAAGCAAAAUUUUAAUGGAAGUUGGACUUCCUUUUUGUAAAUUGAAUGCUUAUUGGUACUUGAUGUCUUAUGUCAACUGGAUUUGGCAGGCACAAUGAUCCUUUUGUGUUGGAGCUGGAUUUUGAACCUUUUAAUGCGAAUUUCCCACGGCCCAGCAGGUCUUCAUCCAUAGGAAAUGGGGUUCAGUUCCUUAACAGGCAUCUAUCGUCUAUAAUGUUCAGGAAUAAGGAUUGCUUGGAGCCGUUGGUUGAUUUUCUUCGGGCCCACAAGUAUAAAGGGCAUGUGAUGAUGUUGAAUGAUAGGAUUGGGAGUGUAUCAAGGCUUCAAUCACAAUUAUCAAAGGCUGAAGACUAUUUGCUGAAGCUUGCGCCUGAUACCCCCUUCUCGGAAUUUGCUUAUGCGUUCCAAGAGAUGGGACUAGAGAAAGGUUGGGGCGAUGCAGCUCAGCGUGUAUUGGAGAUGAUUCAUCUUCUUUUGGAUAUUCUUUUUUCCUACUUAGCGUGUUGCCAUAUUUUCGAUCUUUUCGAUAGUAGUUUGUUAAUGCCUACCUUCUUUUUCUUUCAUUGGAUGUCUCCUUUUAAAGAUAACAACUGCCUUUUAACUUCUUAUUUUCAUUUUUUGCAGGUUGUCUAUAUAUUAGUUCAGGUUCGCGCAUUAGAGAAUGAAAUGCUUUUGAGAAUAAAAAACCAAGGGUUAAAUAUUAUUCCCAGAAUUCUUGUGGUGACCAAAUUGAUACCAGAUGCAAAGGGCACUACAUGCAAUCAACGACUUGAGAGAGUCAGUGGAACGGAGCAUACACAUAUUUUGCGGGUUCCCUUUAGGACAGAAAAAGGAAUUCUUCGAAAGUGGAUAUCAAGAUUUGAUGUAUGGCCUUACUUGGAGAAAUUUGUAGAGGAUCAAAUGAUAAAGAUGCGAGCAGACACCACUCAACCUGAUUGAACUCGAACAAUGACAGAUGAGGAAAUUUGUGCAAAAGUUCUCAAAGUCAAAUCAGGCUACAUUAAGGGCUGUGGUUUUGGCUCUAGACCACCACCAUUAAGGUUCUCUCUUUCUUCGAUUAGUGAAAUGUCUGAAAAGAAUAAAGAAUUGCAAGAACAGCUUCAAGAGACCCAAGAACUUGUAGGAACUCAACAACAAAAGAUCGAUGCGCAAAAUGAGGUCAUCCAAAGAUUGGAGGAGCAAGCC